CACCCUGACGGUAAUGUUACGUCUCUGUUUCACCAGCAGCAGCAGCCGAGAACAGCACAGAGAACAAGGAAGCAACAUGUGCUGACCAUAAUAACUCCAACACGACCAGCACGCACACCACGAGCCGAGAGAAACAAGAAGCCGAGGACACUCACCGACUGUCGGACACUUUUAUCCUGAACGCACCAUGAAAAGAGAGGUGAAGGCUGGAGUCAACUUCCUCAAACGCCUGGCAAAGGCACGUGGCAAGCUUGAUGAAGCCAAAGCAGAAUUGUUUGCUGAGAAGCUACAGGAACUUUUAUGUGACAAAUACGAUGACCACUGGUACCCUGACAGCCCCAGCAAAGGCCAAGCAUACAGGUGUAUCCGGAUAAAUAACGGAGUACUCUGUGAUGAAAUGGUUCUGAAGGCAUGCAAGGAAAGUGAGCUCACACCCAGUGAGCUAGGCCUUCCGCCUGAGUUCACACUGUGGAUCGACCCACUGGAGGUGUGUGCAAGAUCUGGAGAGAACAGCAGGCCCUUCACAAUAGCCCGUUUCGAAGAAGGAGAAGACGAGGAGGGUGUGAAAGUGGAAAAGGAUGACUCCUCAGUGGAUUCUGAAAACCUGGACACAUCAGAUUACCACUCUGCUACCUCUUCAGAUUGUGGUUCCACUGCGUCGAGUGACACAGAGGAGGAGGUGGUAAAAGACGUUAAGAAGGAGGUCGGCAAGAAGGAAGCUGCAGAAGGCGAUUACACCAUAGCGAUGGUUCCGAGGAUUCGGAAGCGACAUGGAGACGGGCCGAAUAAGGUCAAAUACGUCAGAAAUAUGAUCCCUGCUAGCCUCCAGUACUUCUACCACCCUGCACCAGUUUGGCCUCAGUACAAGAAAGGCGCCCCAGUGUUUCUGAACACAGUGUGUGUGCCUCCAGCACCGCCCCCUCCACCCCAGCAGGUAUUUGGCUACUACAUCUUGCCGCAGCCGUCUCCACAGUUCAUUCUGCCUCAGGCCACUCUGCAGCCGUGGGGAGCUGUGAAGGGUUAGACCGUCCAGGAGGUGCUAGGUGAAGGUGGAUAGAGCGUGAUAAGCUCCUUCAACUGAGCCAUGUCGUGUCAG